AUUAGGUACUGCUUGAUGUGUCUCAUGACUUACUGAUCUCCUGUACACUUUCUUUCCUCUCUGCAGGAAUGUCAUCUGAGGAGUUUGUUCGUGGGAUGUUCUACCUGUCGCUCACAGUUGUGGGAGUUCCUAGCAACAUUGCUGUAGUUGUGGCAUUUCUCCUGUUGAUCUACAGAGAGAACCGGCUUCUGGCAGCCGAUGCAAUCAUCCUGCACCUGGCUUGUACCAAUCUGCUAGUGGUAGUUGUACGCUGUCUGAUGGAGACCCUGGCCUCCUUCUAUUUGGCCAAUGUCUUUGGAGACACCGGCUGUAGAAUUGUGAUCUUCAUCUACAGAACCUCCCGUGCCCUCUCAAUCUGGCUCACCUUCCUCCUGAGUGCUUAUCAGUGCUUGAGCAUUGCCCCUCCUGGAUCACGGUGGGCAACUGCUCGUGCCAUUUUAGCCCAAUAUUUGGUCUUUAUAUUCGUUUUCCUCUGGGUUCUCAAUACUACUAUGAGCCAAGCAGCCAUAUUGUUCACAUUCAGUACCAAAAAUAACUUUAGCCUUACAAACAAUGCUGUUAAUGUGCAAUAUUGCCAUGUAAACUUUCCUUCAAAACUAUCAAAAGAGAUCAAUGGGGCACUGCAAGUGGGUAGAGAUGUGGUGCCCAUGGCUCUCAUGACUCUAGCCAGCCUGAUAAUUGUAGCCCUCCUUUACAAACAUAGUCAGCAAGUGAAAGUACUUCGCAGUGGCAGCAGGGGAAGUGGUGGGGCCGAACAGCGAACUGCCAAAGCUGUAGUGGUCCUUGUGACCAUGUAUGUGAUUCUUUAUGGGGUAGAUAAUGGGCUUUGGGUGUACACCCUCACUGUGAAGACAACAAUGAGUUCCUCACUGAUCUCUGACCUGCGUGUGUUUUUUGCCUCACUGUAUUCAGCCCUAAGCCCUCUGGUUAUCAUUGCAUCAAACAGGAAGGUGAAUAGCAAUCUGAGGUGUGCAGCACAGGAGAAACCUGACCUGGAGAAAAGUACAUAUCAGUCUAAGUGA